AUGGUUGAAGGAGUUUAUAUAAGGAAUAAAAUUAACAAAAAUUCAAUAAAUCACCAAAUACAGAUCCCUGAAUUCGUAGAAAGGGAAAUCCCAGACAAUAUCUACACAAAGAGACAUAUCCUGAAAUUCCUUUAUCCUUAUAUUUUUCCUAAAGAUUUUAAGCUCAGGAUGGCUGUUUUUUCUACUGCAGGGCUACUUGUAGCGUCAAAAUCACUGAACGCUGGAGUACCAUUUAUUUUGAAAGAAGCUGUAAAUACGUUAGGGACAUCAAUGGGCUAUGCAACAAUAUUAUUUGGGACUUAUGCUUUAGCAAGAAUUGCAGUAAUUUUGACCCAGGAAUAUAAAAAUGCAAUUUUCUCACGGGUUGUCCUGAAUGCUGUCAAAGAUGUAAGCUCAAGGGUGUUUUGGCAUCUUCAUAGCUUGGAUUAUACUUAUCAUCUUGAAAGCACUAAAACAACACUUUUUGCAGUAGGGAGGGCAUACAUUGAAAUGGCAUGGUGAACCAGCCUACCCUCUUAUACCUGUAGCUGGGGUGACUCAGGGACCUUGUGGAAGGGAGGCGUUUAGUGGUGUGUGCAUCUGGCAAGGUUUUACUUGGUUUGGUGGAACGCAGCAUCAGAUUAGGAAGGCUGCAGCUCAUUCCAGCUCAAAGUUUUACCCUUGGAGAAGAUUGAAGCUGAGGCUGGAAAGGGAUCUCCCUGCAACACCAGUAAGGUUACUCCUGGUUAUCGGUAAAGUUUCCCAUGCGAUACCGGGCAUUGCGUCCUGAGCUAUGAGUUUUCAUGUUGACCGAUAGUGGCCAGAAAAUUAAUUUUCGAAUUUUCUGGAAGUCAAACCCCAUUAAAGUGCAGCACGGUGAUCAGUACCACUGAUUCAUGGGUAGCGAGUGCAAGCCCUCGUCCAUGAAAGGUCGCCGCGGGGAGGUUUGCUUCCGUGGGGAAGGGCUUGCUGCUCGGAUAAAACUGCCAGUAAUGGCUCUUUGGGGUUGAUUGUCUUUUGGGAUCGAUGCUCCGGGGAGUUGUGGGAGCUGGUAGAGUUUUGGGAGUUUUGGGAACUCUGAUGUUUUGAGAGUUGUGCUGUGGGAUUUGUGCCGUAUGAGUGAUGUGUGGAAGUGGUGUUGGGGAAAUUGUGUUGUGGGUGCUGCACGGUGGAGAUGUGUUGUGGAAGUUGGACUGUGGGAGCAGUGUUGCGGGAGUUGUGCUGUAAGAGACACUGUGGGAGCUGUAGGAUAGGGCUAAACUAAUGCUUUCUUCUUCGUCAGUGAGGAGCAACACAAUGAGAGGCCGCUCGGACUAGAAAGCAGCCAGUGGAGCGAUCUGGAGGCAAAUACAGCUUGCUAGACAGGCCCACAAGGAGCUUCUCUUAUAAUCUUAAUUAAAAUUAAGCAUUAAUCAGUAGGGAGGUCUAUGAAAGGGGUCGAGAAUUUUCUGAGGUUUAUGAUGAUGAGUAUUAUUCCAACUACUUUGGAAUUUAUGAUUGCUUCAGGGAUUUUACUUAAAUAUUGCGGGUGACCUUAUCUGCUGACUUUUGGAGGCACUGUGGCGACUUAUUGGGUUUUUACAACCAGAUAUUCAACUUAUAGGCAGGAUUAUAUAAAGGAGGUGAAAAGGAAAAGAAAAGCUGUUGAUUUUGUGAUAAAUGAGAGUUUCCUUAAUUAUGAAGCAGUUAAAUGUUUUACAAAUGAAAAAUUGGAGAGUGAUAGAUACAAUCAUUUCUUAAAGCAGCAAAUGCAAGCUGCCGUAAAAACAUCAAAUUCUCUAUCAACCCUAAAUUGUGGCCAGCACAUCAUUUUCAACACUGGUCUCGCCAUUAAUCUACUCCUCGCAGUCGCCCAAGUCAGUGCAGGUACAAUGACAAUUGGUGACAUUUUCCUUAUCCAAACCAUGUUCUUGCAGCUUCAAUUUCCUUUGAAUUUUCUAGGUAGUGUCUACAGAGAGCUCAAUGAAGCUCAGCUAGAAAUUAAGGAUUUAUUCCAUAUUUUUAACAUCAAGCCUAAAGUAAUGGAGCCUCCAAAUGCUCAAAGCUACCAAUAUAAAGGUGGAAAAAUAUCAAUAAAAAACGUCACCUACGGCUUUGAGGACCGAAAAGUAUUCAAUGACCUUGACAUUGAAAUAGAGCCUGGGACUAGCAAUGCCAUUGUCGGAGAAAGUGGGAUUGGCAAAAGUACAUUAUUUAGACUUUUAUAUAGAUUACUAGACCCUGAAAAAGGCAGCAUUCUAAUAGACGAUCAAGAUGUAAAAAGCUUAAAACUUGAAUCUUUAAGGAAAAAUAUUGCAAUGGUUCCACAAAAUGGCAACCUAUUCAAUGAUUCUGUGUAUUAUAAUAUCAUUUAUGGAAACCCUGAAGCUUCAUUUGAGGACGUUGUCAAGGUUUGCAAAAUGGUAAACAUUUAUGACCGUAUCAUGGAUUUUGAAGAAAAAUUCGAAACAAAUGUAGGAGAACUAGGGUGCAAACUUUCUGGGGGGGAAAGACAAAGGAUUAGCCUUGCAAGAUGCCUAUUGAAAAAUGCAAAUAUUUAUUUUUUCGAUGAGUUUACAAGUGCAGUGGAUUCGCAUAAUGAAAAUUUAAUCACAAAUGCGCUGAAGGAGAAAUUGAAAGGCAAGACAACUAUUUUUGCAGCGCAUAGAUUACCAUCGAUUACUUAUGUAGAUAAGAUAUUUGUUUUGCAAGGUGGAAAAGUCAGAGAGCAAGGAACACAUCAAGAAUUGUUGGAUAAAAAUUCAUAUUAUAGGGAGCUUUGGGAUAAAUUCAAUAAGCAGCAUGAUAUUUAA